UGCCACGCCUGGGAUAGUAGCGAGGAUGAUGGGUUUGGAGUCGAUGCCGGAGAUUAAUUGGGUGCAUAAACGCUCAGACCCAAAUUCGAUUUCACGCAGCCGAUCCAUGAAUUCUGAGAAUCACUUGGCCGGUUUUGAUCCAAUGCAAGGGCAGAAUCGACGAGUCAAAUCCACGUUGUCGUUUCGAGAAAUUCCGACCUUCCUUGAACUGGAAAAUGAAAACUUCCUUAUACUCAGCUUAGAAAAUGGAGGUGGGAGUAAAGAGUUUAGAUCAAAAGGGAGAAAAUCCGAACUGGGUUUGGGAGAAUUAAGGCAGAGAAGAGCAGAAAGAUGUAAAACCGUCGAAAAUAAAGCAGGGAGGCUGCAGGAGAUGAAGAACAACAACUGCUACGAAGGAGAGCAAGAAUCCGAGAAGAAGGUCUUAGAUAAUUUGAAAGAGCGGGAGAAGUGCAGUAAGAGAAUCCCUGAUAAGCCUAUUCCUAAGGUAGGCAAUAACGGAAAAGCUAGAGGUUCCACUAUUUCUCCAUCUCCUUCAAAAAGCUCCAAUGAAAAAGCAAAUGUAGCCAUGGAAGCAGUAAAAACGCCCAUACCCAGUAACCACAAGGAAGUCUUGAAUAGAGGGAGACCAAGAAAGAAGAAGAAGAAAAUAAAUCCUUGUGUGGUUCAAAAGGUGGAAUCCGAAUUUAGCUCUGAAGAUUCGAGCCCGGUUUCUGUUCUUGAUUCUGGUCAUUUCCUUUUUGAUCCUGCAUUUCCAAGUUUCCAACAUCAGAACAAGAUUCUACUUUGGCCGAUUCAAAGUCCCGAAGACAGUUGUCGCCGGAGCUUGAGAAUUGCAAGCAACCAUCUCCAGGAAAGGACAGAACUUUGAUUGGUGAUGAGCCAAGAACAAAGAAAAUUGAAGGCAAAUAUCAAGGCACAAAGAAGAAAGCUGAUCGUCACAGUGAAAACUACGAGGAAAUGUGGGUUGAGAUUCUGAGACUGACUGGAGCAGAAUUGGUUGGUUCAAAUGGGGAAUACAGGGGAAUGGGAAAUCAUGGAGAUUUGGAAGGUAUUGGUGCAAAUUUUGAGCUAGAAAUUCUUGAUGAAUUGUUAGUUGAGUUGGUAGGCCAACUAGCUCGGCAUCCAUGAAAAUUUUGAGUUGUGUAUGACUCAAAAAAAGUUACGAACUUUGCAAAUUUCUCGCCUACAAUAAACUCUACUGAGAAUUUUUCCAUC